AUGGCUUUCAUUAGUCCCGCACUUAUCUCAGAACCACAGCAGGUGACAGAACUGCCCAGCCUUUCUCCCUGCCUUGAGCCCAGCGGUGUCAUGGGAAACUGUCUGUACCCGGUGGACUUCUCCACUGUUGAGAAUUCCAGCGCCUCUCCCUUCGAAGGUAACUUUUCGAUUGAGUGGAACUAUUCCUACGGUGACGAUGACUACAGCAGGCUGGACGCAGCUGCCCCCUGCCACUCCUGUAACCUGCUGGAUGAGUCCUCGCUGCCGUUCUACGUCCUGGCCGGGGUCCUGGGCAUCCUGCUGAGUGCUGCUGUGCUCUUCGCUCUUCUCAGACCUAUCUUUGACCGGCAGCUCUGUCCUGGCCGUCAGGUCCUCAUUCAGUUAGCUGCGGGCAGUGCCCUCUUCAGCGUCGUGGUGCCCAUCCUCGCACCAGGGCUAAGCGGUGCCCACAACACCUACCUGUGCCACCUGGCCCACCUAGUCUGGUAUGGCUCGGCCUUUGCCCAAGCUUUGCUGAUAGGCUGCCGUGCCUGCCUGGGUCCCAGACUGGGCGCAGGCCAGGUCCCGGGCUUCACCCUGAAGCUGACCGUGGGACUUUGGGGAGUGGCUUUCCUACUGGGGCUGCCACUCGCUCUGGCCACUGACACUUCCAAUGGACUCUGCACCCUGAGACUCAGCCAGGGCACUGUGCGCUUUCUGCACACCGCCGCCUGCUUCGCCGUCUUUGUCCUGCUGCCACUGUGUUUGUUAGGAGCCAAAGGGCUGACGAAAGCAUUGGGCCGGGGGCCGUAUCCCUGGGUCGAUGUCUUGUGGCUCUGGUUUGCCUUCUGGUGGCUUCAUGGAGUGCUCUGGGGACUGGACUCCCUAGUGAGGUCCAGGCUCUUGGUGUUGUCGUCAUGCCCGACCCAGAAGGCCCUGGACCUGCUGCUGCAGCUGGCAGAAGCCCUGGCGAUACUGCACUGCGUGGCCGCACCCCUGCUCCUGGCCCUGUCCUGCCGCCGGGCUAUUCGCCCUUUCCCCGCAGGAUGGGCCUCUCAACCGGACACCCCUGCAGGGAAGUUGUAGCUCUCUCCCCACUGCCAACCUGAAUUAAAGUCUAUGCUGAUUUUAUGAA